UGUGUUUCCUGGGUCGAUUGUCAACAACAAUGGCUGCGGUCAUGAAUAUACACGUGUCUAUAAUUUGACGUUUUAAGAUAGUUUUGUUUAUCUAUUUCAUGUGUUCCAAGCUAACGACUGGUAGGUUUUAUAUUUUUAUUUAUUUGAACCUUUUUGGUACCUCUUUGCUUCAUAAACAAGCUUUUCUUGCUUCAUAGUCAUAAACGAGCUUGUUUGCUUCUUGCCACGCUUUAAACUCGGUGAGACACAGAAAGGAAUUUAACUAUAAAAGUCAGUGUCUUUCGCCAAGUAAUAAUAGCAUAGCUAGGUAGUUAUCGAUAGUUAGUUGUAUCUGUUGCAGAGAUGAAAGGCAAGGGGAAAGCAAAGAGGAAAGGAAAGAAAGACACUGGUAAAUUGCAAAAGUAUAUGAUGACAGUUAACGACUUUGUAAAAAGUAAGGUAGGCUGUGAUGAAACUGAAGAAACGGAAGAUGGCAGUGGCUUGAGAUUUGUUAAGAAGAAAAAUAGAAAAGAAAUGCGUAAGGAGCAAAGAAAGAUGAAAAAGGCUAAAAUUAAGAAUCACUAUGAAGGCUACAAGGCUCUCAAAGCAUCCACUGGUGACAGUGAGGAAGUUGCAACCCUAUCUGAUAAACAAGAAACAAAGAAGGUUAAUGGAAAAGUAAAGCAAGACGAGCCAGUAUCUCAACAACCCAAGCCAACUCCUGUUGAGACUGCCGCAGGAGAGAAGGCUGAGAAAAAAGGACCUAAGAAACCUUCUAAGAAAGAAAAGAAAAGAAACAAACUUGAGGAAUCAAGAAAAAAAGCCCUUUUGGAAGCAAAUAUAGCUGAGGACAGAGAAAUUAAGAGGUUGGAGAGAUCUCUUGGGUAUAACAAAAGGAAAAACAAACAAAAACUUCCCCAGUCAUUCGCUGAUGAUGGACUGGAUUACAUUUUGGGGGUGCUGGAUGCUGGAUCGGCAGCUUCGGGGAUAAUGCAUGACAGUGAUGAUGACAUGGACAUCGCCAAAGAGAAAUUAAGGAAAUUGGAAGACAGUGAAUCUGAAAUGUCCGGCGAAGAGGAGGAAGAACAAGGAGAUGACUCGGAAGAGGAGGGCAGUGAACUAGGCAGAGAUGGAGACCUGGAUACCAUCGAGGAAGAUGAGAUAGAUGAGGAGGAAGAAGAUGGAAUGGAUGAGGAUGGCGAAAGUGAGAUGGAUGAGAGUGGUGGAAUAGCUUCGGAAGAAGAGAAUGUAAAGGAUGAGGGAGUUGAGAGUGGAGACUCAACGCUUGCAGGGCCGAAAGCUGACACUGCUGUCCCGUCAGCAGGAAAAUACGUGCCCCCUCACCUACGGGACACCGGGGAUGAUAAGCGCAGAGCUGAGUUGGAGAGACUGAAGAGACAAGUCAAAGGACUUGUGAACAGGCUCAGUGAGGCCAACAUGGCGUCCAUCAGUGGCCAGCUGGAAGAGCUGUACAUGAGCUCCAGCCGGAAGGACAUGAACGACACCCUGACGGAGAUCCUCCUGGCAGCCUGUGUCACCCCAGCCCUGAUGCCUGACAGACUGCUCAUGGAACACGUCCUGCUUGUCAGCAUCCUGCAUCACACAGUGGGGCUUGAGGUGGGGGCUAAUUUCUUGGAGACGGUGGUGCGGCAGUUCGCUGAGUUGUACAAGAGCCCCGGCGAAGGCAAGGAGUGUGACAACCUGGUGGCCAUGGUGGCACAUCUCUACAACUUCCAGGUGGUGCACGCCCUCCUCAUCUUUGACAUCCUGAAGAUGCUGUUGGGGGCCUUCGCCGAGAAGGACAUUGAGCUGGUCCUGUUCGUGCUGAAGAACGUAGGAUUCGCCCUGCGGAAGGAUGAUGCCCUUGCGCUGAAAGAACUAAUCUCUGAGGCCCAGAGCAAGGCCAGUGGUGUGGGCACCAAGUUCCAGGACGAAAAUAGGGUGCGCUUCAUGCUGGAGACCAUGUUGGCUCUGAAGAACAACGAUAUGAGGAAGAUCCCUGGCUACGACCCAGAGCCUGUUGAGAGACUCAGAAAGCUGCAGAGAACUCUGAUCCACCAGAGUUCGGGGGGCAGUGAUGUGAAGCUGAGAGUCUCCCUGGAAAACCUCCUGGCUGCAGAGCAGGUGGGCCGCUGGUGGAUCGUGGGCUCAUCGUGGUCCGGACUCCCCAUGAUGGGUGACCAGGGCAACAAGACCUCAAAACAGACUACUGCAGAAGGAAAGUUCAGCACCAAGGUCUUAGACCUGGCCCGGAAACAGCGGAUGAACACGGACAUCAGGAGAAAUAUAUUCUGCGUGAUCAUGACCAGCGAGGAUUACCUCGAUGCCUUUGAGAAGCUGAUACGGCUGGGGCUGAAGGACCAGCAGGAGAGGGAGAUCGUCCAUGUGCUGAUGGACUGCUGCCUCCAGGAGAAGAGCUUCAAUGCCUUCUAUGCUGUACUGGGAGAGAAGUUCUGUGAGCACGACAGGCGGUUCCAGAUGACAUUUCAGUUCAGUCUGUGGGACAAAUUCAAGGACCUGUCCAGCCUAUCCACCAGCACCUUCAGCAACCUGGUCCAGCUGGUCACACGCUUCCUCCGGAGAAAGUGCCUCUCCCUCUCCAUACUCAAGGUGAUAGAGUUUGGUGAGUUGGACAAGCCUAAAGUCAAGUUCCUGCGUCAGGUAUUGACUAAGCUGUUAAAAGACACAGAGAUGGAGGAUCUUACAAACAUAUUUGGAAGGAUUUCGGGAAUUCCCAAGCUAGGAAUGCUGCGGGAGGGCUUGAAGCUGUUCAUCAGUCACUUCCUACUGAAGAAUGCCCAGUCGCAGGGACCAGCUGAGCAAGCAGACCUUCUGUCAGAGCGAGCCGAGGUUGCCACCAAGGCCAUGGAGGCCAAAGAGACUAAACUCAAACUGUAAAACACAAACACACACUGAGACCCUGGGAGAACACCAGGAGAACAAAAGAGUCCUGUUGGGGGAACAUGCUCGUUUUUUUUACAGACAACAAACCCAAGAGAUGUUUGUCUCUGCGUGCAGUAUGAAGGUGGUUAAGAGGUAGUUUUGCGAGCCAAUGUGGCAUGCUAGCGUACCUGUAGACUUCCAGUCAUUACGCUAACGCUCGUUAGCAUUGGUUCGAGAAACUACCUCUAACAUCCUUCAUACUGUGCACGGAGACAUAAAAAUGGUAACCCACGAGUUCAUCUGACUCUGGCUAAGUAGCACUAUUCCUUUAAAGAUUUCACCAUUUUGUGUUUGUGUGAGUUUGAGGAUUGCCCCAAAUAAGGACAGACCUCAUUUGAAUGAUCUCCGUUUCGUAAACAACAGAGAUGACUUCUGAUGACAUUGUGAAUAUCCAAAUGAAGUAGGGGCUUCAUCAAGUGGCACUGCUAAUGAACAUGACAGUGGAACCAGAGUGCAGUUACUCUAAUGUAUUGAAGUCACUGUCACUCACGGUGGAUAUUUCCUUUGUCUGUAUAUUUUAAGAUUAGGAUCACUUUAUUGGUCAGUUGCACUCAAGGCCCAAUCGAAAGUUGACUUCUGCUCUUCACCCAAUCCCUACACAUACAGAUCGUUUUUUUGGGGGGGGGGCAGGGGGUGUUUAAGUGCCUUGCUCAAGGGCACAAAGGCAGGUAACGGCAUUGAGGAUUUGAUACCAGCAACCCUCCAGUUGUGAGCAGUUCCCAACCGAUUUUUCCCGUCUGACCCAGGAUUCUAACUGGCAACCCAACAGUUGCUGGCUCGCCUCUCUAACCGCUAGGUUACCUGCUGCCCCCUUUGUACAAAUUUCAUGGUUUUCAGUUUUUAAGAUACAUCAAUGGUAUGUAGUGUACUAAAAUGUAUUUUACAGAUGAAUACAGGAUUAACCCAGUAAAAUGUUUCCAAACUGUUUAUAAACAUUUGACGUCGGUGCAUGAGGCAAUAAUAAGCCUUUUUUUCAUGUUGAUUAAUCUGGUUAACUGGGUCUCAAUGAAUUUGUGCUUUUUUCAUGGCAGUGCAUUAAUUAACUUUAUUUGCAUAAUGUCAAUAGCAGUCAAACUGGGGUCAUAUUCAUUAAUGUACACAGUAGCAAAAUGUCGUAAAAUAUUUUGCUAUGGAAAAUGAAAA